AUGGGGAGACCAACCGAAAGCAACUACCUCUCUGCUCUCAACGAGAUGCGCAGACGGAUACUUGGGGAGAAUGAGCAGCUGGAACUCUUGGGGCCUCUUUGUCAAGAUAUAUGCUCGAUUGACGACCCCGAAUAUACAGGGGUCACCGUUGCCGCCAUCAACGUUACAACCGAGAUCUUUCUGGAAUUGUUCACAAGAUAUCCUAAAGUAAUGGCUGGACUAGCACUGGUAGGCUUACCAGAAGCCAACAUUGCAGCUGAUUUGAAGACAGCUCAGGAGAGCCUCUCUAUGGAUGAUAACGAUCUCCUCAUUCUUAAGCAUGCUACCUUAUUCCGGCUUCUUCUGUAUAAAUACGCAGAGUCAAGCGCUAGUGGCAAACUAUGCAAGGCUGCUCUGUACAACAUGUUUGAGAUUUUACGCGCGGAAGCACUUAUUGAAGCACACCAGGACUCCUCUGUUGUGCUUUCUCAAACACAGCCCUGGAAGACCACAGAGGACGGGUCCAUAGGCCUCUUCCCUCUCCAAUCCUACACUCUGUUUCUCCGUUACCUUCUUAGACCAGAGGCACCCAAGACCCUUAGUGAUAGUUUUAAGCGGACUUUCUCCAACAUUCUAGACACGUAUAGCGACUUGUGCUUUUUCACAUUUUCUGCUAUAGAUGCCAUUGUGCAAGAAAUUCAAGAUCACACACCACUAGAAGAUAUUUCCAAUUCUAUCUCCACUGCUGCCAUCAUCAAUCUUUUUCAAUUAAGUUUGGAUGCCGCCAGUCACCAUAUAAAGGCAAACGCUAUCAAUUACUACAUCGAAUACCUGGCCAUCUCAGUGACAUGUAUUAAAGGGUGCACCAGGUCAGCAUCCAUACCAGGAAUCACUGGGCUUAUUGAUGUUAUUUCUAGCUCUAGCAUAAAAAUCCCACAGAGGAGACUCUCGAGAGGGAUUUUGGACCGUGUCAAUUUGCUGUUAAUACACAGGACCCCACGCGAUCGCACUGCAGAAGAUAGGAAAAAAGGAGAUAACGUGUCUAUGCGGAAACAUAACCUGUCACAGAUAAACUCUAUGCUUGCAGAGGUUCAGAGACUGGAGCGAGAGAACGUAGCCCUUCCAGAGACAGAGCAGUUUACUCCUGCCUAUGCUCUCGAAGAUGCAGAGGGACUCAGGGCCGUCUUAUUCUCUUGUUACUACGGAAUCUGCGAGCUUCUAUUCAAUAUUGCCUGCAGCAUUGUUCGACGGUCAGUUGCCGCGCCGGACUUUACGCCUGCUCACAAUGCCAUUAUAGCCAUUUUAUCUACAUCUAACCAGGUCACAAAGCAUGCUACUUCUUCUUCACAGAGUAUCUAUCUUAUAGCAACAAUGAAAAAGCUCUCUGAUCUCCAACAUAGCCUUGAAAGCGUUACUGGGUCUAAGCUUCCGGCAGGACAUUAUGCAAGGAGGUUUUCUUUGGCAUACAAGCUUUUGGUCACCGACGCCAUGUUCGAUCUCUGCACUAGCAACAGCCUUCCCCUGAAUAACUUCUUUGAGCAUCUUUUUUCCCUUCUCGUGCCAAAUGUAUUUUCUAUUCCUGGUUGCAGACAACGACUUCUACGCCUCUUAGCAAAAUGUCUACAGACUUCAUAUGUUGCUAGUGCUAUUCAGGCAUGUCUUCUAAAGCGUCUUUCCAUUCUGUCCCUUUGUGUGUCUGGCAACAUUACUUUAAGCAUAGUUAUGUUGAUCAUAGCCACACUGAAGCGACACACAAAUCUUCGCUGGUUGCUCAAGAAUCAAGGCCAAGAAGAGCCUGCAGAUGUGUCUGCUUUCCACGCUUCCCCCUUGUCACUUUCAAACUGCCUACAGCUGUGGGAGGGCACUUCAGUUCCCAGCAUAACUCUGAUUGAGCUCACGGGGCUUCGCAAUCACUAUCAUCCAUUGAUCAGAAAAUUGAUCCGCCUCCUAGAAAGCGGUUCUGCCUUCACAGCUGUGCACUCAUAUUCAAAGGCAGAUGGAGACUUUGAUGCUGUCGUGGGGCUUGACGAGAGAACGUUUAUAGAGCAGGAGCUUGCAAAGGGUAUAUCAUCGAGUGAGAUAUCUCUCUACAACGCAGAGAACUUAGUUCCAAACAUUAAGCAGCACAUUAUUGAAGGCAUGGAUGCACUAACUUCAUAUCCUGGCUUUCCCCUUGUCGAAGCCGCUGUCAGACAGGAUUGGGGUAACGAUUUAUCAGGUGUCAUGAUAAGCCUGGCUGAGCAACGAGGAAGCGGUGUUAUGAUGCACUCAAUUCUGCAAAAGGCCAAGACUGACGUGGACUUCGUAGUCAAUGACAUCCUCUCAGAUUGCUGGAUAUGGAACAGUCAGCCGUUCCCUACACAUAUAGUACCUCAAGCUAAGGAAGAAAGUGAACACUGA